GAUUACCUCUUGUUCAUCACUGAUCUGCAUCAAGCGCGCUACUCAGCCAUCUUUACUUCUUCGCGCAUCUCAACAGAGAAACUCACCAGCUCGAAUUUCUCAAUAACGAAGCUACAUAGUCACCAUGUCGUACGCGGAUAUUGCUGCCAAGGGCCCGAAGCAGAGCCCCGAGGAUGCUCGCGCGCCCGCCCAAGUGGAGGUAGAGCACUCUGACGAGAGCGUGCAUUCUCUGAUCGACGUUGAUAGCCCGCAUAUCUCGUCGGUGCCCUCCGACUACGAGUCACAAUCUGUUAAGACCGAUACGCAAGCUGAGCGCAUCGAGCGAGAAGAAGAGAUCAAGGAGACGGCGAAGGACCUCAAGCACAAGGCUGCCGCCAAGGCACAGUCGGCCAAGGACAAGGCGAGGAGGAAUGCUGAUAACCCGGUCGUAAUAAGCAACGCCGUUGGCCUUGCACUCGUUGGUGGCAUCCUUGGAAUUGGCGCAUACAGGAAGUAUGUGCGCGGAGAGUUGACCGGCAAGGUUGUCGCGGCCUGGGCCGGUGUUGUUGGGCUUUUCGCGGUCGGAGAUUACUACGUCAGCCAGUACUUCUUCAAGCGCAACCCGCCGAAGUAGAUAGCGCCCUCCCGGGACGCUUAUGUCGAUCCGUUCCAUUACUCCUCUCUCGGCUUCUCCACGACUGAUCUGCGAUAGAUGGUGGAUUGCUGGAUAUGAUUGAUCGAAUCGUCUCAUUUCUUUUCUGGCGGUAGUACUACAGCAAGCAUAGGCCUCUCUAGUCGGUUCAAACUCGGGAUGUGUUGCCUUGGACGGGCCCGCUUCUGUAUAUAUGAGAUUCACGUUGCAACAAUACCCAUUCAGAUAACACUUCCUAAAGCGCUUUUAGGAGAGCCGA